AUGGCUAUGCGUGAAUAACCUUGUCCAUAUAGAAUCAUAGAUGAUUUUGGAGGAGCCUUCUCAAUGGGAUGUUUUGCUGGAUGCAUUUUUUAUUUCCUAAAGGGAAUGUCUUUUGCUCCUAAAAAAGAAAGAUUUUUUGGAGGAAUCUAAUUAUUAAAAAGAAGAGCUCCUAUUUUAGGAGGAUCUUUUGCUUUAUGGGGUGGGUUAUUCAGCAUCACUGAUUGUACUCUUAUGCAUUUGAGAAAUCNUAAAAGGGUAAGUUAAAGGCAAAGUAAAACAUGAAGAUGAUGAAGAAAUGAGUAUGGGUAGAGAAUAUUAAAUAGGAGCUGUUGAAAAAUGUGGUAUUCCAAAGUUAGAUUAAGGAUAACCACCAUAAGGAAUAAAAAAACAGAUGUUUAAAUUAUGUAAUUAUCUAAUAUUUUACAAUACUUUAAUGUGUGAUUCAAUAUUGCCAGAACCUAUAUUAAGAGGAGUACCUUUGAAGAAAAUGUAAUAAGGAGAAUUGAAAUUUCCAAUCAGAUGUGCUUUUUGUAGAUUAUUAAAAAUUAGAUCAUUUGUGCAAUUUUAUUUUAGAUUUGAUUUGGUAUCAAGAUUUGGAAAACUUUGUUUAUUUAAAGAUAAAGAAGGUAGAGAAAUAUGUUCUCAUGAAAUGUGUUUAUUAUGGUCUAAUAGAGUUUAAGUUGAUUACAACACUAUGUUAGUGGAUAUUGCUACUUUGAUUUAAGCAGUCUAAUUUGCAUAAGCUUAAAUGUGUAGAUAUUGUGGAUCUAUUGGAGCAUCACUUAAAUGCAAUAAAGCUGAAUGUCAUGUUCAUUAUCAUUUUAAUUGUCUUAAAUAAGUUAGAUUAAUGGGAUUAUAAUUAGAUCAUGAAUAGAAAUUCAGAUUCUUUUGUGAAGAUCAUGUUAGACAUAAUUAUUAAGGAUAAUCUGAUUGGUUCAUUACUAGAAUUAGAAUGAAACAUAUUAUUUAAUAAGGAGGAUAACCAGCAUUUACCAAAAAGAAUCCUUAAAUUGAUUGGUCUACUAGAGAUUCUGGUCUAAACAAUGAUAGUGACAUGGAAGAAUAAUAAUUCAAUAAAAAGCAUAGAUAUUGA